AUGUUUCAGGGUUGUGAUGCCUCUGUUUUACUUGAUUCAACUCCUGGAAACCCAGCAGAGAAGGAAAAUAUAGCCAACAAUCCUAGUUUGCGAGGCUUUGAAGUGAUCGAUGAGGCAAAGGCUGAACUAGAAGCUCAAUGCCCCCAAACUGUCUCAUGUGCAGACAUUAUUGCAUUUGCUGCUCGUGACAGUGCAUACAAAGUUGGAGACAUAAACUACAAAGUGCCAUCAGGUCGUCGUAAUGGCUGGGUGUCACAUGAAGAUGAGCCUACCCAAAACCUUCCCCCUCCUUUCUUUGAUGCCAAGCAGCUCGAAGAAAACUUUGCACGAAAAGGCUUUAGUCUUGAUGAAAUGGUGACACUUUUUGGGGCACAUUCUAUAGGUGUGUCACAUUGUUCUUCUUUCUCAAAAUAUCUAUACACUUUCAAUGCAACACAUCCACAAGACCCUUCAAUGGACCCCAAAUUUGCUAGAGACUUGAAAGCUAAGUGUCCCCCACAAUUAAGUUCUGGAAAUGGUGGUGAUCCUACAGUGCCACUGGAUGUUCUUACACCAAACAAACUUGAUAAUAAGUACUACAAAGAUUUGAUGAAUCACCAUGGCUUGUUGACCUCCGAUCAAACUCUUUUGAGCAGCCCCGCAACGGUGGGGAUUGUGAGGUACCAUGCAAGAAAUGAUGCAGCUUAG